AUGUCAGAUCACAUUUCCACAAUCUCAGACUCCCUCGUGCUGCCCGUACUGCCAGUGCGGGCCAGGUCCUCGAGCGCCUCGAAGGGUACCCAGCCAAUUCCCAAGAAGUCACAACAAAUUAAAACUGACAAGCCCCGGCCCCAUAUUUGUCUGACGUGUACCAGGGCCUUUGCCCGGUUGGAACACUUGAAGCGUCAUGAGAGGUCCCACACCAACGAGAAGCCCUUCCAGUGCGCCGCUUGCGGUCGGUGCUUUGCUCGCCGUGACUUGGUGUUACGGCACCAGCAGAAACUUCAUACCAAUCUUCCUAACAUCAUGGGACGUACCGGUAAAGACGGUGCUGAGGGUCCUAGUAUGAAUAACGAACACAUAAUCGUAUUGCCCAACAAUACCGAACCCAAUGCAGCGUUACCCAUACCCUUGUCGGUGGCCCACCGGAGCGUGAAGUCGGUGUCUGCUGGUUCAUCGGUACCAGCUGCCAGACGAUCGGUCUUUUCCGAUAACAAGGAACUUUUCCCCCGUCACUCGUCCUAUAGUGCUGCCCUGUCCACCUCGUAUGGGCCUAUGAAGGAGAGCUUCAACGCCAUCCGCGAAGAAACGACCAUCGACAACGUCGAGUUUUCCACCCCCCAAUUGAACCAUAUCGACUUGAAUUUCGAUUGGAACACCAUCGAGUCGUUGGAUUUACAGAACUCCGUGGGUCACCACUUGAAUGACUAUGGCCUUUCGUUCCGUAAAGAUGCCAGCAACAUGAUUAACAAGAAUACCGCAACUCCCAGCGACUAUGAACCGUCUCCUCACACCCAGGAGAACUAUCGGCUGCCCAACUUCAAGUUCGACUCCAAGCGGCGAAAGGUGGAUGACAUCUCGCCCAACGGUACGCCCGCCACCUCGGCUAAUAGCAAGGAUAUGAAUCUCGAGCUCGAUGGUUUGAGCCAUUUCAAAAUCGAUAUGGACAUCCACAAACACAAUGACAAGGGUCGCCACCACUCGACGCCCGGGUCGGUGGGGACUCCAGCGCUGAUGAAGGGCCCUUUAUCGACACAGUCACAGGGCCACGCGUCCCAGGGCCAGUUCGGCCAGAUCCACCUGAACAGCCCCAUGCAUGCGAUGCCCCGAGAGCAUGAGUCCAUUUCAGAUAACGGCGACUGGCUCCAGGAGAUCAUCAACACGCCGUAUGAGCCAGUUUUCUCCAACGAUACCGCUGCUCUGCCCAAGAUGUUUGAUGAAAUCACCAGUUUGUUUAAGACCAGACAGCUGGACUUAAGCAAGCAUAUGCAUCUGGACCACCACGAUCUCCAGGCUUCUCAGCACCAAAUUCCCAUGGGAAACAAUAACCAGAUUCCCAAUAACGAAGACCAUGAGAAGAUUGAUGCCAACAUCAACUCAUACUUCAUCUGCGAUGAAGUGAGAGAAAGAAUCAUGGUGAUGAGCAAUUUGAGCGACAUGCAGUUUCCCAAGGUCGACGAACUCAACAACUACAUGAAACUUUAUGAGAAGGAGUUCAACAAGUAUUUUCCUUUCAUUCACUUGCCGUCGUUAAGAAAUCCCAUGGUCGAUAAGUUUGAAAAUAUCCCUUUGUUAUUGGCCAUGACAUCAAUCGGGGCGUUGUACUCUUAUAAUGAUGCAAACACUUUACUUCUUUUCAACUUGUCGAAGUAUCAUAUCCAGAAUUUCUUCGAAAAGGAAGUCACUUUGGACAACUUGCAGUUCAAAAAAGUCCCGUUGAUGGCACACCAGUGUUUGGUGCUUCAUAUAUUCAUUUCGAUGUUUCUCAAUGAGCCUCCAAUGAUUGAUAUUACUUCCAGACAAAUGAAGUCAAUGGUGGGGUUGAUAAAGUCCACCAACUUUCAUAAACCAUUGGACAAGUUUUUGGUUCCCCCCAAGUCCAUUAUUCACCUCAAAACAAACGAUCAAAAUAUGAAUAUAGGCGAUGUUGAGUACGACCAUGAUACAGGAUUGGUGCAAACCAAUUUUGACUACUUUAUCAUGGCUCAGUCUAGGAUUAGAACUAUCUUCGUGUUCUACAUGUUGCAGCAAGUGAGAACUUCGACUUUAUUGGACUUGUCCAUCUUGCUCAAUGGCUCCACUAUUAGUUCCGGAAACUAUUGCUGUAAUGAAAACUUGUGGAAGUGUGAAAAUAGUAGUCAAUGGUUAGGAGAGUUAAUGAAGAUGAAUAACAAGCAAAACAUUAUUGACUUGAGUAACAACGGAACGUUGAACGAUCUUAUUGUUAAUUUGAAUAAGUUCAAGACCAUGAAGUUAAGCUUUUUCAACUUGUUGUGUUUAAUGGUAUACGUACAUGAACGGAUCCAAGAACAGUUUGGAAAACUCAAACAGCAGCAUCAAAACCAUCAUCACAACCAAUUCGAUUAUAUCAACUGGAAAUUGAAUAAUCAAGGUUUAAAGGAUCUUCUUAAAUCAUGGGAAAUGAAUUUUAUCAAGAAUGAUGGAGUUUUGAUCAUUAAUGACAUGAACCGUCAUCUUCUUAGUGAACAUAACGAAUUGAAGUUAAUUUUGCCCAUGUACCAUUUGGCUAAAAUUAAGAUAUGUGUUAACUUGACUCCAAUUAUCGAAAGGGUGGUUUACAAGGACUGGGAAAAUAUGAAUAACUAUUUGGACCACUUGCACUUGGAUUUUGAUGGAUUAAAAGAACUGAUAAGCUACUCCAUAGAUACCAUGGACUUGUGGAAUCAGAAUAUUUUGGAGGUGAAUAAUUCGAUUGAAAACAAUUUGAGAACCCCGGUGUUUUUUGUCACCUGUAUGUUCGUUUCGAUAUUGUUAAUCAGCCAAUUCUUGUAUUAUAUUGAACAGAUUAAUGAUAAAGACUACGGAAUCCAAUUGGGUGUCACUGAAAAGAUCUUGUGGUUGAAGUGUGAAAGAAUCUUGAAGAAAUGCGAGAAGACCAUCUCCUUAAACUACACUCAGCAAAAUUUAUUUGCUGAAGAAUAUGAAAACUACGAAUCAAUCCGGAAAUUGAUUGAAACAAAUUCUAAUUCUAAACUAAUUGUCAAUUCUUUGAAAUUGAUCAAACUUUCCAAUAAGUGCUUGUUUUUGGGCGUGAGAAUCUUGGCUGAUGCGCCAAUCUGGCCCUUGGCUAUGGGAUUUGCCGAAGCUUUGAAAAAUAGAGCUAACUACAUUUCCAGAACCAAUCAAAUUUAAUGUAUAUUAUGUCGCUAACAUGUAAACUUUGAUGAUGCGAAGUUGGAAAUUUGCAGCCAGUUGCCCUAAAUAAAGAAAUUACUAGAAGAAUGUGGAAAUGAUAGUGAUAGUCGUCGCCUUU